UAGUAUGCUUGACACUUGUCAAUUUUGUCAUCAUCACUUUUUAUCUGUAAAAUUAAAAAUUAUACUUUAAAAAAGGUUAACAAAGAACAUCUGUAUCUUCUAAAAUAUUUAUUAAUUAUAGUAAAAAAUUAUCAGUGUUAAUAUUAAAAGACAUUUACGCUGACAUUACAACACUUUCACAAAUAAAGGCAUCAUGACAAUGGGUGAUGAACUACCAGUCACUUCUUUGGUUUUACCAGUUCUCAUAAAACCCGUACUAACGCAGUUAGAAAAAUAUGAUUUGGGGGCUUCUCAAACACUACGUGCUGCUCUCACUAAAGCAGAAGCAGUUGUGCCAGGUUUGAAUUAUGACUUGGUUUCUGGUAUUAUGAGGCGGGCUGAUAUACCUGUAAAUAUGAAUGAAAGUUUAUUACGACUUCAAGGAACUCUAACAGAAGCAGAAUGUGCCGAUUUGAGACUUAAUAGAAGUGAAGAGGCUUUUCAAGAAUUGAAUAAGAAAUCAACAGCUUUAAAGAAGAUAUUAAGCCGUAUUCCAGAUGAAAUUACUGACAGGAAGACAUUUCUUGAGACCAUCAAAGAGAUUGCAUCGGCAAUUAAAAAGUUAUUGGAUGCGGUUAACGAGGUCUCAACAUAUACUCCAGGACCAGGAAAACAAGUUCUUGAACAAAGAAAAAGAGAAUUUGUCAAGUAUUCAAAAAGAUUUUCCAACACACUAAAGGAAUAUUUUAAGGAAGGACAGGCAAAUGCAGUAUUCGUGAGUGCUCUUUAUUUAAUUCAUCAAACCAACCAAAUCCUUUAUACUGUCAAAAGCAAGUCAGAAUAAGAAAAAAAAGGAAUAAUGAACUUGGAACAAGUAAUACCUGAAUCCUUUAACAUUUUGUUAUGUCAGCGUUAAACUAUCUAUUUGUUAUAUAAUUUCGUUAUUAUAAAAUAAAUACUAUUUAAAAUAGAACAUAGUUUUUAAGAGUUACUCUGGUUUGAUCCCCAAAUUCUGAUAACCUAGUGGAUCCAUUUUAUUUUAAUUAUUUCUAUUCUAUUUUGAUCCAUCGUCUCCACUGAACAGGGGAACAGAACGAAAUAGAGAAUAUAUUUGAAAGUGGAUUAGAUUGGACAAAAGUAAAUAAUAAUGAAGAAUGGAACUGUUUGGGAGAUCAGAUCGGAAUAACUUGUUUUUAAAACCAAUAUAGAGCAGGUAAAUAUAAAAGCAAAAUUCUAAGUUGAUAAAAAUAAAUAUAAACAUAUAUGGGACGAAUUAUGUGCACAGAUUUAAUUAGCAUCGGAGUUAACGAUACUAUAUUUUAUAAUAAAUACUUAUAUAGAUAAACAUCCAAAACCCAGGCAAAAUAGAAAAAGUUCGGUUCACAUCCAGGACAGGCCAGGGACCUCCUGUGCCAGAGACAAGUGCACUACCGCUGCGCCACAGCGGCCGUCAAAAUUGAUAAUAAUUGUAAAGAUUUACUUCUUUUCAACGGUAGAAAAUAUCUUGUGUAUUCUUUCAAAAGAAUAAAAAAAUAUUUGUUUUGUUUCUAUUAUGUACCAAUUAUAUAACCGAAAAAAAUGUUACACUUUUACAAUUUUACUAAAUGAGCUAAAAAUAAUAAUUAAAUCUUCUAUGUACUUAGAUAGAUUAUAUCCCCUGCGGG